AUGAAAAAGGAUCAUGACUAUUCCGCCGCCUAUGUUAUUUUCUACACUGAUGCUGUUGAUCUCGAAGGCCAUGGUAUGACUUUCACAAGUGGCCGUGGUAAUGGAACUGUCUACUGCUAUAUUGCGCAGCUUUCUGUCAAGUUUGUCAACAAGAAGCUAAAAGAUUUGGUUGCUGAUAUGCGUAUUGGACCUGAAAAAGGUGUCCUUUAUCUCGCUACUGACGUCAUUGCCCCCAAGGAAGCUAUUGAGAUGUUGCGUGAGAACGUAGCUACUAAAACAGAACAUGAAGUAGAUGUAAGAGUACAUGGUUACCCUAGUUACACCACAUCUGCUGGAUGGUUAAUCCGUAGAUUGAUUCGUGAGUUCCUGGCUGAAGGUUUCACUUACUUUAAGCAAAAUGUUGGAAGUGAUAUACAAGCUGAUAUUCGUCAUGCUGGCAUUAUCGUGAGGAAUUGUUUGGAUGUGCAAGAAGCUAUUAAUUGGAUGCAAGAAUUUUUACCUUUCAAAUCUCUUUUCAUUGAAGAACCUACUUCCCCUGACAAUGUGCUCGGUCAUACUGCUAUUCCCAAAGCUCUCUAUCAUCGUACAAAGGUUACCACUGGUGAGCACAUUCAAAACCGUAUCAUUUUCAAGCAGCUAUUCCAAACUCAAAUUAUCGAAUUCUGCCAAGUCAAUUUGUGUCGUGUUGCUGGUUUAAAUGAAGUUCUUGCUAUUCUCUUAAUGGAUAAGAAGUUCAACAUCCCUAUUUGUCCUCAUGCUGGCGGUGCUGGUUUGUGUGAAUAUGUUCAAUAUCUUUCUUUAAUUGAUUAUAUUUGUAACACUGGUUCUACAAAAGGUAGUGUCUUGGAAUAUGUUGAUCAUUUACAUGAACACUUUGGGGCUCUGUUGUUAUGA